AUGGGAGUUGGGCCAAUAUCCUCAUGUGAUGAGUGGACAGUUCUUCUGAAUCUCAAUCUUCAUCGUGAUGUCAACCGUUUUGGACACACAGCAGUUGUCAGCAAUGGCUCAAUGUACGUUUUUGGUGGUUUCUCUGGUGUGAUCCUGAACGAUGUGCUUGUGUAUAAGCCUGCCAACUGUGAGGCCUUCCUCGAGGUGGGUCUUUGUCAGAGCUCUGGUCCUGGUGUUCGCUGUGUCUGGAUUGAGGAACGCUGUGUACCUUGGGACUCCAGCCAUGCUAAUGACAGUGUGCCUGCCUCUUUCUGUCCUGCACGCACCUAUUCAGCUGAUACGCAGUGUAAGCAGUUUUCAGACUGUGUUUCCUGUACGGCCAACACCAAUGACUGCCAAUGGUGCGAAGACAAGACAUGCAUCUCUUCUUCAAGCAACUGCACUGUGCUUACAAUUGAUCUUGCCCGCCACCCUCGAGGUCCCCUGUACCUCAACCCUCCCCCUGCAAUGCUUUCUGAGCAGCAGCUCUCUAUUUGGAGACCUGGUGUGCGCAAAAACGGCCAGUCUGUGAAGAACUUUACCAAAUGCAGUGUUCGAAGUGAGCAGAUUUGCAGCAAACUGGUGAACUGCAGGAGUUGCUUGCUUAACAUCAACUGUCAGUGGGAACCACAACAGCAGGAAUGUCACGCUUUGCCUGCACACUUGUGCGGAGAGGGUUGGAGUCAGGUUGGGGAUGCAUGUCUGAGGCUGAACGCAAGUAAGGAGAGUUAUGAUAAUGCCCAGCACUACUGUAAAAACCUGGACGGCAACAUUGCCUCUCUGACCUCCGCCAGGCAGGUGGACUUCAUACUGGAUGAGCUGCAGAAGUAUCAGCUGCAGGAGAAGAAACUAACUCCCUGGGUGGGUCUAAGGAAGAUAAAUGUUUCAUACUGGGGGUGGGAGGAUAUGUCUCCCUUUACUGACAGCACGCUCCAGUGGUUACCAGGGGAGCCAAGUGACUCAGGGUUUUGUGCAUACCUGGAAAGAGCUGAGGUAGCCGGACUCAAAGCCAAACCCUGCACUGCCAACACCGAGGGGCUGAUCUGUGAGAAGCCAGUUGUGAGCCCAAACCUUGGCGUGCUUCCAUGUAAAAUUCCCUGCGCCCUGCGAAACAGCUGCGCCAACUGCACCAGCCAGGCCAUGGAGUGCAUGUGGUGUGGCAGCACCAAGCGCUGUGUGGAUUCCAAUGCAUAUGUCAUCUCCUUCCCAUAUGGCCAGUGCCUUGAGUGGCAAACUGGAGACUGUGGUGCUCAGAACUGUUCAGGUCAUCGUACAUGUGGUCAGUGCCUGGAACAUCCUGACUGUGGUUGGUGCGGAGACCCUACAGACACAGGUCAGGGUCAGUGUAUUGAGGGAUCAUACCGUGGACCAAUGAGGAGCCUGAGCAGACAUAGCCGAGAGAGGGUAUUGGACACUAGUAUCUGUUCAAGGGAAAAGGGCUAUGACUGGGCCUACAUAACCUGCCCAGCAUGCCAAUGUAACGGGCACAGUACGUGUGUUAAUGGCAGUGUAUGUGAGCAGUGCAAAAAUCUCACAACUGGGCCGCAGUGCCAGAUCUGUCUACCUGGUUACUAUGGAGACCCCACAAAUGGAGGGAAAUGCCAAGCCUGCAGAUGUAACAACCACACCAACAUGUGCCACUCCAGCUCAGGGAAAUGCUACUGUAGCACUAAAGGGGUCAAAGGGGACCAGUGCCAGCUAUGUGAUUCUGAAAAUCGCUACCUUGGCAACCCACUUAGAGGAACAUGCUACUAUAAUCUUCUGAUAGACUACCAGUUCACCUUUAGUCUGCUUCAGGAGGAUGAUCAGCAUUACAGAGCCAUUAACUUCAUGGCGACUCCGGAAGAGACCAAUAAGAACCUUGAUAUGUCAAUUAAUGCGUCUAACAAUUUCAACCUCAACAUAACAUGGUCUAUUGGCUCAACAGCGGGUACGAUCUCCGGGGAGGAAUUCCCCAUAGUGUCCAAGACUAACAUCAAAGAAUACAGAGACAGCUUCUCCUCUGAUACAUUCUCCUUCCUUGCAAAUCCCAACAUUACUUUCCAUGUUUAUGUCAGCAACUUUUCAUGGCCAAUCAAAAUACAGAUAUCCUUCUCUCAACACAGCAGUAUCAUGGACCUGGUACAAUUCUUUGUCACAUUUUUCAGCUGUUUCCUGUCCCUGCUGCUGGUUGCUGCUGUGGUUUGGAAAGUCAAACAGACGUGCUGGGCAUCACGCAGGAGAGAGCAACUAAUGCGAGAGCACCAGCAGAUGGCCAGUCGUCCGUUUGCGUCUGUUACAGUGGCACUUGAGACUCCAGAGGAAGAGGAGGAGCUUCUGCAGGGCCAGGUGGAGGCUGGUCCCUUAGCUGUGGAGCCAUGUUCUGGGAAUUGUGCUGCUGUGCAAACAUUGCUGAUGAGUCUUCCACGGUCAUCCUCUGGAGCACCUCCUCCUGGCCAGUGUGGUGAGAACUCACAAUUCAACAUUCACAUAACAUCUUAG